AUGAGCGGUAGAGUGAGCGGGGAAGAGACUUUGAGGGUGAAACACGGUGAGGCAGCCAAUAAUAUCGGCGGAAGAGAUAAGGGGGAGAACGGGGGAGGGAUUGCAUCAGGAGAAAAGGAGGAUCAUAUUUUGGGAGGGGUUUCUAAGCCUUUGAAGGUUUCUUUCAGGGACAAAGUUGUGGGUUCCAAGAUUGCUAAAGCUUUUUCACUCGUUGGAACUUUAGCGGGAGAUAACAUUGCGGUAGUUUCUGGGAACUACACUACAUUGUCUCAUAAACUCCGAACGGUAUGGAGGAUUAAGGGAGGUUUUGAUUUAUUGGACAUGGGAUUUGACUACUUUCUUGUGAAGUUUGAUGUGGCUGAGGAGCGAGAAAAGAUUCUCUUAGGAGGUCCAUGGAUGAUCGAGGGAAAUUAUGUCGCUGUAAAGCCUUGUGAUCAAGAGUUUAGAUCAAGUGAAAACUGUUUUGGAGCAACUUUAGUGUGGAUUAGAAUUUCUGGAUUACCAAUUUGGUGCUACCAAGAAGAUGCAAUGCUCCGUGUUGCGGCUGCAAUUGGGAUUCCCAUUAAGGUUGAUUUGGCAACAAAAUUAGAUGAAAGAGGACGAUAUGCUCGAGCCUGUGUUCAGAUAGAUUUAGGAUUGCCAGUGACUAAAAAGAUUCUUGUUGAAGGUGUUGAAUAUGAGGUUGAAUAUGAAAGUCUUCACCUUAUUUGUGGCUCCUGUCUCAAGUUUGGUCAUGAUAUGAUGGUGUGCAAGACUGACAGCAAUGCGGGAGGAGGAACUAAUGCCAAGGUGGUCAGCGAUGUAGCAAAGCAGCCAGAAAACUCAAAUUCAAAAAAAUCCAGUGCAUGUGGAAAAGACCAUGCACAACAUGAGGAUUUGGAAGGCUGGACUCAAGUGAUUAGGAAAGGAAAGUAUAAAAUGGGUCAAAAUCCUUCUCCUAGCACCCAUCAGGUCCAACCAAAAGCAAAGAAGACUCCUAACAAGGUUACCAAUACUUGGAUAAGGCCUAAUCACCAACGUACAACACAUGCUACUGUAUUCAAAGUAAAAUUAAGCAGGGACAUCAAUAUUGAAAAACCGGUUAGUGUGGCUUCUUCGGGGACCCGGCACAAUGUUCAUCAUCAGCAGCAAGCCUGGAAUGUGAGGGGUGCAUCUAACAAGAUGGCCCGUGUGCAUUGCAAAAAUUUGUUGGGUUUUCAUUGUGUUAGUAUUGAGGAAGCAGUAGGACACAGGGGUGGCAUUUGGUUUCUAUCUUCUAUUGCUAAUACUUCUUGUGUGGUUAUUGAUCAAAUUGACCAAUGUAUUACAGUGAAAGUGAGUGUGGGCCAUAAUAAACCAUGGAUGGCUGUUGGUGAUUUUAAUGAGAUUGUAGCACCAGAUGAGAGUACAUGUGCUUAUUUUUCUUCUCACAGAGCUAGUCUAUUAGCUGCUACUCUAGAUGACUGUGAGCUCUUUGAUCUUAAAGUGACUGGUAGGAGAUAUACUUGGUAUAGAGCAGUUCAGGCUGGCAAGGACUUGGCUAAAAGGUUGGAUAGAGCUCUAGUUAAUGAGGCGUGGAUGACAAUGUUUCCUGAGGGUUAUUCUGAAAUUCUUAGCAGGCUUCAUUCUGAUCAUUGUCCUAUUUUAGUUCGUUGUCAUGGUAGCCCCAGAGUGAAAGGUUCUCGUCCUUUUAGGUUCCAAGCUGCGUGGGCAACACAUCCUUCUUAUAAACAUGUUAUUAGUAAGGCUUGGAAUCAAGAGUUUGGAGGCGUUACUGAAAGGCUUAAGAUGGUUCAACAGGCUUCUUUGGACUUCAACUCAAAGAUUUUUGGAAAUAUUUUUGUGCGAAAAAAUAAGCUGGAAUAUCAGAUUGAUCAGAUUCAACGGCGUUUGGAGGUUACCGAUGUGUUAUCUCUGAGAAUUAAAGAAGCUGAACUGAGAAAAGAUUACAAUAGGCUUUUAUUGCAAGAGGAACUUUUUUGGUACCAGAAAUCUAGAGACCAGUGGGUCAAGUAUGGGGAUAGAAAUACUAAAUUCUUUCAUCUUUAG